AUGGGUUUUCAGAUGUCUGUGCUGUUCAGUGCUUGGAAUUGGUUGCUAUUGCUAGUGGCCCUUGAAUGUUCUGAAGCAUCCUCCGAUUUGAAUGAAUCCGCAAAUUCCGCUGCCCAGCAUGCACCGAAUGCUUGUUUUGCUCCUGCCAACUCAGAGCCAGAUGAGAGGAUAUCUGUUUUCGAACUGGAUUAUGAUUAUGUGCAAAUUCCUUAUGAGGUCACCCUCUGGAUACUUCUAGCAUCUCUUGCAAAAAUAGGCUUCCGUCUGCACCGCAGGCUGCCGCGCCUGGUGCCCGAGAGCUGCCUGCUCAUCCUCGUGGGCGCCCUGGUGGGCGCCGUCAUCUUCGGCACCGACCACACGUCGCCUCCGGUCAUGGACACGAGCAUCUACUUCCUGUACCUGCUCCCGCCCCUCGUGCUGGAGGGCGGCUACUUCAUGCCCACCCGGCCCUUCUUCGAGAACAUCGGCUGCAUCCUGUGGUGGGCAGGGCUGGGGGCCCUGAUCAGCGCCGUGGGCAUCGGCCUCUCGCUCUACGCCGUCUGCCAGGUCGCCGCCUUCGGGCUGCGCGACGUGACCCUGCUGCAGAGCCUGGUGUUCGGCAGCCUGAUGUCGGCCGUGGACCCGGUGGCCGUGCUGGCCGUGUUCGAGGAGGCGCGCGUGGACGAGCAGCUGCACGUGAUGAUCUUCGGCGAGGACCUGCUCAAUGACGGCGUCAGUGUGGUCUUAUACAAUAUAUCAAUUGCCUUCACAAAGAUGCAUACAUUCGAAGACAUAGAACCCGUUGAUGUUUUGGCUGGAUGUGCCCGAUUCAUCGUUGUGGGGUUUGGGGGAGUGUUUUUCGGCAUUGUCUUUGGAUUCAUUUCUGCAUUUAUCACACGUUUCACCCAGAAUAUCUCUGCAAUUGAGCCCCUCAUCGUCUUCAUGUUCAGCUAUUUGUCUUACUUAGCUGCCGAGACGCUCUACCUGUCUGGCAUCCUGGCGAUCACAGCCUGCGCAGUGACGAUGAAAAAGUACGUGGAAGAAAACGUGUCCCAGGAAUCCUACACGACCAUCAAGUACUUCAUGAAGAUGCUGAGCAGUGUGAGCGAGACCCUGAUCUUCAUCUUCAUGGGCGUGUCCACUGUUGGGAAGAACCACGAGUGGAACUGGGCCUUUGUCUGCUGCACCCUGGCCUUCUGCCAGAUCUGGAGAGCCAUCAGCGUAUUUGCUCUCUUCUAUGUCAGUAACCAGUUUCGGACAUUCCCCUUCUCCAUCAAGGACCAGUUCAUAAUUUUCUACAGCGGUGUGCGAGGAGCUGGAAGUUUUUCACUUGCAUUUUUGCUUCCUCUGUCUCUUUUUCCUAGGAAGAAAAUGUUUGUCACUGCUACUCUAGUAGUUAUAUAUUUUACUACAUUUAUUCAGGGAAUCACAAUUGGCCCCCUGGUCAGGUACCUGGAUGUUAAAAAAACUAAUAAAAGAGAAUCCAUCAAUGAAGAGCUUCAUAUCCGUCUGAUGGAUCACUUGAAGGCUGGAAUUGAAGACGUGUGUGGGCAGUGGAGCCACUACCAAGUGAGAGACAAGUUUAAGAAAUUUGAUCACAGAUAUUUACGGAAAAUCCUGAUUCGAGAAAACCAGCCCAAAUCAAGCAUUGUUUCUUUGUACAAGAAGCUGGAAAUGAAACAAGCUAUUGAGAUGGUGGAGACCGGGAUGCUAAGCUCGACAGCUUUUUCGGUACCCCAUGAGGCCCAGAGGACACAAGGAAUCAAAAGGCUUUCCCCUGAAGAUGUGGAGUCCAUGCGGGACCUUCUGACAUGCAACAUGUACCGAGUUCGACAGAGGACCCUGUCCUACAACAAAUACAACCUCAAACCCCAAACAAGUGAGAAGCAGGCUAAAGAGAUUCUGAUCCGCCGCCAGAACACUCUAAGGGAAAGCAGGAGGAAAGCCCACAGCCUGCCCUGGGCAAAGCCGGCUGGCACCAAGAACAUCCACUACCUGUCCUUUCCCUACAGCAACCCCCAGCCAGCGAGAUGUGCGAGGGCUGCUGAAUUCACAGAUGAGGAUAGCAGCCAUCCCAGAUUCCCGUCCAUCGCGUUCGGUGCACACGCUCCAGCAGGGUUUCUUCAGGAAAGACGACUGACACAAGAAAUAAUCCCGAUGCGGAGCUUGCACAGAGCAGGGAAGGCAUUCAACGCAAGCCAAGAAGAGCACGUUGGUGGACGCAGGAGGGUGGCUUUAAGGCCCAAAACGCCGUUUCACGCAGUGGACGAAGAGCGUGAAUCCAGUGGGGAAAGUGAGGAAGAGGCCUCAGCAAGGGCAUCCAGGUGGACAGCUGAGCAUGCACACAGCAGGGAACACCACAAGUCCCACAGUCCUUUGCUCCAAAGAAAAUAG